AUGGAUGCUAAACACUCAUCGCCAGAGACUCCAGACACUGAGAAGGACCGGCCGGUGGUCGAUUUGGAGGAGAUUGGAGAGCGCGAAGGCUACAUGCUUUACACGCCGCGUAACAAGAAUCAGAAUCUAAAAACCACGGAUGAUGGCCAAACCGUGCUUAUUCCGCAGCCCACAAACUUUCCCCAUGAUCCGCUCAAUUGGUCGCCGUUCAGGAAGAACCUUAUCCUUUUUGUUAUCUCGGCUACUGCGUUUCUCCCGGACUAUGGAAGUGCCACCGGUGCGGUUACGCUUCUCCAGCAAGCUAAACAGUGGAAUAUGACAGAGGACCAUGUCAACCACUCUCAGGCUGGUAAUAUCUUUAUGUUAGGUGUUGGCGGCCCCGUCGUUGUGGCUCUGUCUGCAUACUUCGGCCGUCUGCCGGUGCUGUUUUAUUUUGUGCUGAUGGCCCUUGCUACCGCAAUCUGGUGCACUGCAGCGCAAUCAUUCGAAUCAUUCAUGGCUGCCCGAAUCCUUAACGGAUUUUUCUCCACGGUUGCACAAGGCGGUGGCCUCAUGUUCAUCAAAGACAUGUUCUUCCUGCAUGAACAGGCUCGCAAGAUCAAUAUUUGGUCUGGAUCCAUCAUCCUCUCGCCCUACCUGGGCCCGAUGUUCGCGGCCUUCAUAACAAACACCCAGGUCUGGCAAUGGGCUUUCGGUCUAUACAGCAUUGAAACCGGUCUGUGUCUAAUUGCCAUCAUACUCUUCGUUGAGGAAACGUACUAUGAUCGCAAGAACAUUCAACCAGACCUCAUCCCCAAUGCCCCGCGAUGGAAACGCAUGCUGGGCAUCCAGCAACGGCGGAGCGGAUACAUGGUCAAUACCCCGAAGGACGCAAUCAUGCGUCCCAUCACCGUGAUUAUGAAACCGGUGGUGUUCCUAUCCACGAUCUACUACAUGCUUACCUUCGCCUGGGUGGUAGGCGUCAACACGACGCUGUCUAUCUUCGUAGGCCCAUUAUACGGCUUCGGUCCUAAGCAAAUCGGCUUCUUCUACUUCACCCCCGUAGUAGCCGCCAUCCUCGGCGAACUAACCGGCCACUGGCUCCACGACUACCUCGCCAAACUUUCCACAAACCGCAACCAAGGCCGUCUCGAACCCGAAGCCCGUCUCCUCGCCAUCUGGUUCGCAACCCCCUUCAUCCUAGCCGGGAUUAUCCUCCUCGGCUUCGCCCUCGAAGGCGCAUACCACUACAUGCUGACCGCCCUGGGAUGGGGCUUCUACGUCUUCGGCGUCAUGAUCGUUACCGUCGCCAUUAAUGCUUACGUGCUUGAUAGUUACCCGGAGGCUAGUGGGGAGGUUGCUGCGUGGGUGUGUUUUGGGCGCACGACUGGUGGGUUCAUUGUUAGUUAUUUUAUGGUGGAAUGGGCUGGGAAACAGGGGGCGAGGAGGCAGUUUGGGACGAUGGCGGGUAUUGUGGCGGGGGCGGUUUUGAUUGUUUUGGUGUUGCAGGUUAGGGGGAAGGAGUUGAGGGGGUGGGCUGGGCCGGUGAGGUUUAAGACGGGGUGA